ACCGGUGUGUGUUUUGCCUUACCUAGAGUCUUAUCUAGAACUGUACUUUGAGCUAAAUCGUGUGUUAAAGCUGUAACACAGAACUGCAGCACUGCUCAGAUAGUGGGAGAUGUGCUGGAUGUUGUGAGAGAUGAAAGGCAACAGCGGAAUUUCCCUCACAACGCAAGCCCGGCCCCUUUAUCCGCUCAAACGGCACUUCCGAUUGGCUAGAGAAACUUUUCUCGUCGCUGAUUAGUUCUACGUGCUGUCAAUCAUCUCGCUUCCUGUUUUGCCUGCGAGCUGGGGUUAAAGAAGUUUAAAACGCGGCGAUGUCAGCGCGGUGUCGUAAACUGUGAGAAUGUCCGCUGUCACGCAUCAGAACCGGAGGCGGCGCCCCCCGAAAAUGUACAUGGUCGCGUCCGACCAUAAGGUGCAGGACCAUCUGGACGGUACCAUUCGGCUGCAGAGGGGGCAGCUGUGCCUGGAGCAGGAAGGUGGAGCAGAGCGGGGGGCAAGAGGGGAUUACCUGUGGGUGAAGGUGAUAGAUAUCGGCAGCAUGGUGAAGCUGGAUAAGCACCUGCUGAGUGAGGUACCUGCUGAGCUGGGCGGUCUGUUGGAGCCCAUCACUGAGCUGGACCUGCGCUUCAAGCUGCUGUCUAAACCCCACCGGCUGCUGCGCCUGGACGCCCUGCCGCUGGGCUCGCCAGUGCUGGUCCGCUGGAACCUGACGGGAGAAUACGCCGAGGCAGAGCUCCGGUACCGCGGCCCGCUGACCCGGGGAAGCGCUGCUGUGUACUUUGGAGUUCAGCUAAAAGGCUGGGCUGCAGGUAAGGGCAGCAGUAACGGGAGCUAUAAAGGUCAUCAGCUCUUCACCUGUCCGGAUCAGUGUGCUCUGUUUGUGCCGGCGAGUGAUCUGACCCUCCGCCGGUCCUCUCGGGGAGGCAGCGCCGGAGAUCACGAGCUGGAGCGCGAGGUCAGCAGACCAAACCACUCAAACCACAACUCCAGCAGCACCCAGAGCGUUCCCAGCGCCCUGCAGUCCCGAACCGCAGAGUCGGCUCCGCCCCCACACUCCCCGCCCCCACUGCAGCCGGGGCAGAGGGUCUGCUUCAGCCAGGACGAGGCGCUGCACUGGGGCACGGUGCAGUUCUGUGGGACACUGCCAGGCAGGACGUCCAGUGGACUGUAUGUGGGACUGUUACUGGACAGUCCUAUAGGAAACUGGAAUGGUUACUAUAAAAAUUACAAGCUUUGCUCCAUUCCUUCUGUGGAAUAUGGUCACCUUCUUCCCAUCUCUAAAGUGAGCACAGAAUCGAGACCAGACCGCCAACCUCCGCUUGGAUCUAAUCCCAAAACCUCUCCAGUAAUUCCUCCAUUUCCCUCCUCCAAACCCGCCCUGCAGCCCCCUUCACCCACCCACAACAAGCUCCCCCCACAGCCCACAGUACCCACAAACCCCGGCCUCAGACAGCUGAUCCAGCCCUCCAUGCUAGCCAUGGCUAAAUCUAACCUCCACCCUCCUUCCUCUUCCUCCAUUCCUACUUCCUCACCUUCAUCAUCAUCAUCGUCAUCAUCAGCGCCUCAGAAAGUCGCUCUAAAGCCUCCUCCUCUCCCCGCCCCUAAAUCUGCCCUGAAACUGCCUCCGGUUCCACCCAAUAAGCCACAAGCCCCGCCUCUUUUACCACCCUCAGCUGACGACUCACAUUCUUCAAACGGCUUCCACAAUCCACCCUCUCCACUGGUUCCUGAGGAGAGGGCGGAGCCUAACACGUGGCUGGAGGUGGGCUCUAUGGUGGAGAUGAAUGACCCUCUGAUUUUUGGAGUAAUCCGCUGGAUUGGACAGAUCGCUGGGCUUUCAGAACCAGUGGCAGGGAUUGAACUGGAUCAGGAGUUAAGCGCUGCCACUGAUGGCAGUUACCUGGGUGAACGGCACUUCCGUUGCCCUCCAAACAAGGGACUGUUUGUCAAACUGCGGAACUGCAGGCGGGACUCCAGAUUUCCCGCCCCAGAGGCACCAAUCAAUCAGGUGGAUCGCUGUAAUUCUAUUGCUUUUGCAGAGUGGGGCAGUAAACGUGUUGAGGACAACACCCCCCCUGUGUUGGGUCCAGAUGCUCGGCAUGUGUAUGAGGGUUUUAAGAAAGGCAUCCAGGGUCAUCUCAACUCCUGCUACCUGGAUGCUUCACUCUUCAGUCUCUUCUCCUGCUGUAGUUCAGUGGACUGGGUUCUGUUUUACCCCUCCAGUGACGACAGUCAUCGCAGUAAAGAUGCUCAGGAGCUGCUGCGCUGUGAGAUCGUCAACCCGUUACGCAGGUAUGGGUACGUGUGCGCCAGUAAGACCAUGGCUCUGCGGAAGCUUCUGGAAGCUGAGACUACAGACGCAGGCUUUACUAAUGAAGAGAAAGAUCCUGAGGAAUUUCUCAACAAGCUUUUCCAGCUCCUCCGGGUAGAACCACUUCUGAAGAUCAGGUCGAUGAGUCAGGAGCCACAAGAGUGCCACAUCUACCAGCUCUUCCCUCCCUCCAUCUCCUCCUCUCCGUCCUCCCCCCUCCAUUCCCCUCUCUCUCCCUCGCUCUCUAACUCCCUCUCCCCGAUCCCUCUCUCCUCACCUGCUGCUGGACUCAUGAGGGUUGCCAGUGUGCAGGCACUGCUGGAAUCCUCCUUCAUACAUUCUAGGCUUAAAUUCACAGAGGCUCCGUCCUGUCUGCCGCUCCUCAUGCCUCGCUUUGGUAAAGAAUUUAAGAUGUUUGAUACCAUUCUGCCCUCCCUCAAACUGGACAUCACUGACCUGCUGGACGAGACUCUUAGACAGUGCAGUAUAUGUCAGUCUGUGGCAGCGUGGGAGUGCCUGCAGUGUUACGAGGAUCUAGACAUCACACCUGGCCAGCUGAAGCAGUACUGUAACACCUGUAAUGCUCAGGUUCACGCCCAUAAGAAGCGUCAGAUGCACAGUCCGCUAAAGGUCAGAAUACCGAAGGGCACGUGGGAGGGGCCAGUGCACGGCGCUCGGCAGCAGCUGGAUCUGUUCGCUGUGACGUGCAUCGAGACCAGCCACUACGUGAGCUUCGUGAAGUACGGACCGCUGCAGACCGACUGGCUGUUCUUCGACAGUAUGGCUGACAGAGAGGGAGGUGAAAAUGGCUUCAACGUGCCGCAGGUGAGGGCGUGUCCAGAAGUGGGGCGUUACCUCAGCCUAUCAGAGAAGGAGCUGGGGCGCCUAGACACCACCUCCCUCAAAGAGCCAGUGAGACGACUGCUUUGCGACGCCUACAUGUGCCUUUAUCACUGUCCCGAACUGAGCUUAUAUAAGUGAUACACACACACAAAUACACAACAUUGGUUAUUGUGACCAGUCAGAAUGGAUGUAUAGAUCUGUAGAUCUGAUAAUAUUACUAGUAAAAUCAUAUCUGAUAUCUGAAGUGAGAUACUGUGCUGCUGCUGUUAUUUUAGUAUAAAACAGCCUCUGUCCAUCCUAACAGUUUUUACCUGUUACACGUCUUUAAUUAUUUUUCUUCCUUCCACAUUCAUCAUAAUCAGAUUCCCGUUUUCAGAUGCAGUUACUCCUUAUUACUCUACCAGAUUUGGACCAAACUCAAACAUAUUUUUACACGUUGUGAAUAUGAAACCUGUUCUACAGAAAUGUUGAUGUGUAUAAUUUUAGCUGGAGCUUUUAAAAUCUUCUAAAAUACAUUUUAUAAAUGUAAAGUCAUGGCUUUAUUAAAACAUUAUAUAUUUCCUAA